CUCCAAUGGCUUCCUCUACUUACCGUUUCAGUUACCAGCAACACAUUGUUUAUCAACCUCGGGCUGAUCCUAAAAUCUCUGACCCGGCUCUCGGUUUCCCUCAAAUUGAAUUAACCGUCACCCUUCAACUCCAACGCAGGCUCCAUUAUUGCGCAACCGAUCAGUUCAUCGAUCUUGACGACCAACCCCCUAUAUUCUCCCAAGAAACCAUUCGUUUUGAUCUCCGUGCUUUGCAUAGCUAUGAUCGGACUUUCCGAAUCCUUGCUCCCAUGCUAGUACGACUCAGAAUCAACCCCAACCCCCAGUUUAUUGAUGAAAUCAUCCGACAAGGACUAAGCAUCGGAACCUCGGAGUCCAAUAAGGGACGUGAAGUCUUUCCUUUGCAAGCAGAUCUAUGGGGAACGACUGUGGAACACGUACCGGACGAGGAAGAGGAGGAUUUGACUGAAAGGGCUCUGGAAGAAUCGGCAUCGGAGUUUGAAACAAGCAACUAUAACAUGGUUCCAGCCAAGGAGUCAUCGGUGAAGAAGAUGCUGAAGAGAGUGCGGGUGGAAACUGCAAAGGGUGGUAAAAAACAGGAAAAAACUAUCAAGAAAAGGCGUGUGGAAGCUGAAAACUGUGUUAUUUGUUUGGAGGAACUCAAGGUUGGAUCAAAUGCUUUUCAGAUGCCAUGUUCCCAUACUUUUCAUGGCGAAUGCAUUAAAAAGUGGUUGAAGCAAAGCCACUAUUGCCCUGUUUGCCGGUUUGAGAUGCCCACAGAGUGA